AUGGGGCCGCCUGAGCGUACGCUCAAGAGACAGCUCAAGAACAGGCAUAUCGCCAUGAUAAGUAUCGGCGGUGUCAUCGGUACGGGAUUGUUCUUGGGGACGGCAAAGUCACUGGCACACGGUGGUCCAAUUGGUCUCUUACUUGGUUACGCCGUCAUCGGUACAAUUUGUUAUUCCGUCAUGAUCUCGCUCGGCGAAAUGGUCGCCUUCCUUCCCAUUCCGGGUGGUCACAUCAAACUCGCAGAACGUUUCGUCGACCCGGCUUUCUCUUUCACGAUGGGAUGGAAUUACUGGUACAAUUGGGUGAUCAUUCUCCCCGCAGAGCUGUCUGCUGCCGCCGUGCUCAUCAACUAUUGGGACUCAAAUACGAACUUGAACUCUGCUUGGAUCAUCAUUUGUCUGGCUGUCGUCGUCUUCAUCAAUUUCCUCGGUGCGGGCGCAUACGGCGAGGCCGAAUUCAUUUUCGCGUCGAUCAAAGUCAUCACCAUCGUUGGCCUUAUUAUUCUUGGCAUUGUGAUCGACCUCGGUGGAGGCCCCAACCACGACCGUCUCGGUUUCCGCUACUGGAAGAAUCCCGGUCCUUUCGUCGAGUACCUUGGCAUCACUGGCAACAAGGGAAAAUUCCUCGGUUGGUGGGCUGUCAUGACACAGGCCGCAUUCUCUUUCAUCGGUACCGAAAUUGUCGCUAUCGCUGCAGGUGAGGCCAAGAACCCAAGGAGGAACCUUCCCAAGGCCAUCAAACGCGUGUACAUCCGUAUUCUUCUUUUCUACAUUGGUGGUGUGACCGUCAUCGGCCUACUCGUGCCUUCGAACAACCCGGACCUCUUGUCGGGAUCUGACAACGCGGCUUCAUCGCCGUUCGUCAUUGCUAUUUCGACAGCGGGUAUCAAGGUCCUCCCCAGUAUCGUCAACGCAUGUCUCUUGACCUCCGCAUGGUCCGCUGCCUCCAGUGACAUGUACACGAGCUCUCGUGCUCUCUACGGUCUCUCCGUCGCUGGUAACGCCCCUGCCAUCUUCCGGAGAACCUCCCGCAGCGGUCUUCCAUGGGCUGCGCUCCUCGUCUCAACUGCAUUCGCUUUCCUCGCUUUCAUGGGUGUCAGUUCCGGCUCCUCCACCGUCUUCGGUUGGUUCUCCAACAUGACGUCCAUCGCCGGCCUCAUGACCUGGUUCGGUAUCUGUGUCACCUACGUACGAUUCCACAAGGGCUUCAAGCAGCAAGGGUUCGACCGUAGCCAGCUGCCCUAUGCGAGCAAGCUGCAGCCUUAUGCGGCGUGGUAUGGGAUAGUGGCAUGCUUCGUCGUUUGCUUGUUCUCUGGUUGGCAAGUCUUCCUCAAAGACCAGUGGGACACGGCCACCUUCGUCACAAACUACAUCCCCUUCAUCCUCUUCCCUAUCCUCUACGUCGGAGCUCGUCUGUGGACCCGCGUUGGCCCGAAAAAGGCACAUGAGAUGGACUUCGUGACCGACCUUGCGGAGAUUGAGGCGGAUACUUACGAUGAGCCACCACCGAGGAAUAAGUGGGAGGCGUUCUGGCAGCGGCUGGUACGUUCUCGUCCCCCUUGUCUUCUACCGUAUUUGGGCGUUAUCGAUGAUUGCUUACGGUUUUUCUUGCAGAUGUGA